AUGGAGUUCGAAGUAUGGCAUGUUUCCGGAGCAGAGCACUGCUUUGUAGCCCUUCCUUUGCAACUCAUCCAGACUUUGGAAUCUCUCCGCCCAACUCUUCUCCCUCAGCCUCAGCUCCUCGUAAUUGAGCUUCGCUCAUUGAGCCCCACUGCUGACCAGCAGCAGAGCUGGACGGUCUCUUGGUCUGGUGCUACUUCGUCUUCUGCUGCUAUUGAGAUUGGUAGGCAGUUUGCGGAUUGCAUUUUGUUGCCUGAUCAUGUAAGAGUUCAAGUUCGAGUUGUGUCAAAUGUGGAACGUGCUGAACGAGUGACGGUAGAGCCUGAUACCGAAGACGACUGGGAAGUUAUGGAGCUCAAAGCAGAGUUCGCUGAGGCAUCCAUGUUAAGCCAGAUCAAAAUUCUUAAAGAGGCAAUGAGAUUUCCCUUGUGGCUGCAUGGCCAUUCUGUUGUUACCUUCCGUGUGGUUUCGACUGUUCCCAAAAAAGCAGUGGUACAACUUGUUCAUGAUACGGAAGUAGAAGUUGCUCCCAAGAGACGACAAAAGCUUGUGAAUAAAUCAGAUGCUUCAUCUGACAAGCAAUGCAAUGUUAAGGAGGCCUUAUUGCGUAUUCAAGAUUCAAAUAAAAGAUUGUUUCAGAAAUGUAAUGUCAAAGGUGUUGAUUUGGGGGUUGCACUAACUACUGUUGCUUAUAUCAACCCCGAAACUGCUAAAUACUUUUUGUUUGAGCCUCUUCAGUCGAUUAUUCUUAUUCCAAAAUUAUCAUCAAGAGAGAGGGUUGACAAUGAUGCAUCGAGAAUGAAAAGCACUUCAGCACCUAAAGAUGGGACAAGCAGGAAAGUAUCUCGUCGAGCAAUUAUUCAUCUUCUCUUUUCUGACUCUGUAUCCAAAGGGCAUCUAAUGAUAGCUGAGUCUCUUCGUUUGAGCAUGAGAGUUGGCCUGCAUUCAUGGGUGCAUGUGAAAGAAUACCAUGGUAAUAUCAAGGAGGAUAUUCCCUUGCUCUCAUUGUCUCCCUGCCACAUUAAGAUGCUUGGAAGGGAUGGUGAGAAGGGAGAAUUUGGCAUGGAAGUGCAUAAUAGUCGUAGAAUGGAAAAGUUUCAAAUGCUGCCUUCCGGAAUUAGUUCAGGAAAUAACUUAAAUGAAACAGAUCAUUUCACGCAUGGUGAUUUCAUAGCUACUCUUUCAUCUGUUUUUCCUCAUGCAGAGGGUGCAGAACGAGUAUGUGGUUCUGAUAGUAGAAAGACUUUAGGCAUACUUCUUCAUGCAUGGGUGGCUGCACAACUUGAAGCAAUUGCUUCGGCCUCUGGUGUAGAGGUUAAUUCAUUGACUUUAGGAGAUGAGACUGUAAUGCACUUUGAAAUGAGAGGACUUGACUAUGGGUCUGGAAGGCACAGUUUACUGGAACCAUCUGAUUCAAAUUCAGACGUACAAGAUAAGCUUGGUGAAAAGCCAGUGAAGUACCUGUUUGUGCUGAAUGCUUCAGAGGAUUCUUCAGAUGACAAAAAUGUAUGUGCAUAUAAACUUUCCUUUGAUAAGAGCAAAAGAGAUCAUUUGAUACUCGAGGAGUUGCUCAGCAAUCUUGAACUUGGUGAACCUCUAUCCUUCUAUUCUACUAAGGAAAGGGUAUCCGGAAAGGACUUUGAAUCAGAUUUGUCCACUUUGAGCUGGAUGGGAUCAACUCUAACUGAUGUUAUUAAUAGAGUGAAUGUCUUGCUAUCUCCUAGCUCUGGGUUGUGGUUUGGCAGUCACAAACUUCCUCUCCCUGGCCAUGUUCUGAUAUAUGGACCUCAUGGUUCUGGGAAGACUAUGUUAGCAAGAUCUGUGGCCAGUUUCCUUGAAAGACAUAAAGAUAUAUUAUCACAUGUGGUAUUCGUAAACUGCUCUUCCCUUGCUUCGGAGAAGGCUUCAGCCAUUCGUCAACAACUUUCAGCUUCCAUUUCUGAAGCGCUAGACUAUGCGCCAUCUGUUGUAAUCUUCGAUGAUCUUGAUAGCAUCGUUUCAGCCUCUGAUUCUGAAGGAUCUCAACCUUCGACUUCUGUUGCUGCAUUGACAAAAUACCUAGCUGAUAUUAUUGAUGAAUAUGGGGAAAAGAGGAAUGGCUCAUGUGGCACUGGUCCAAUUGCAUUUAUAGCUUCUCUGCAGAGACUAGAGAAUAUCCCACAAUCACUGAGCUCUUCAGGGAGGUUUGACUUCCAUGUGCAACUUCCUGCUCCUGCUGCAUCUGAACGUGGGGCUAUACUGAAGCAUGAAAUACAGAGGCGUUCCUUACAUUGUCCAGAAGAAAUUUUGUUGGAUGUAGCAUCCAAAUGUGAUGGUUAUGAUGCGUAUGAUCUGGAAAUAUUGGUUGAUAGAGCUGUACAUGCUGCUGUUGGUCGCUUUCUUCCUUAUUCUAAUGGAGAGCCUGGAAAAGCCACCUUACUUAUGGGCGAUUUCUCAAGGGCAAUGGAUGGGUUCCUUCCAGUUGCUAUGCGUGAUAUUACUAAAUCAGCUUCUGAAGGUGGCCGUGCUGGGUGGGAAGAUGUUGGUGGACUGAAUGAUGUGAGGAAUGCUAUAAGAGAGAUGAUUGAAUUGCCAUCAAGAUUCCCAAAUAUCUUUGCAAAAGCUCCUUUAAGGUUGCGUUCAAAUGUUCUUCUCUAUGGUCCUCCUGGUUGCGGCAAGACUCACAUCGUUGGUGCUGCUGCUGCUGCUUGUUCACUGCGGUUUAUAUCAGUGAAGGGACCUGAGCUGUUAAACAAAUAUAUUGGUGCUUCUGAGCAAGCGGUUCGUGAUAUUUUCUCAAAAGCAGCUGCCGCAGCACCCUGCCUUCUCUUCUUUGAUGAAUUUGAUUCAAUUGCUCCUAAACGGGGACAUGAUAAUACUGGUGUGACUGAUCGUGUAGUCAACCAAUUUCUGACUGAAUUAGAUGGUGUUGAAGUUUUGACUGGUGUUUUUGUAUUUGCUGCCACAAGCCGACCUGAUCUGCUUGAUGCUGCAUUGUUGAGACCCGGUAGGCUCGAUAGGCUUCUUUUCUGUGAUUUUCCAUCUCAGCAAGAGAGGCUGGAUAUUCUUAAAGUUCUAUGCAGAAAGCUGCCACUGUCUGAAGAUACGAACUUACACAGCAUGGCUCAGAUUACAGAGGGAUUUAGUGGAGCUGACCUACAAGCUCUACUAUCUGACGCACAGCUUGCUGCAGUUCAUGAAUUUUUGAGCAGCACCACCUCCGACAACCACGAGCCUGUGAAAAAGCCGGUGAUAACUGAUUCCGUCUUAAAGGCAAUUGCUUCCAAAGCAAGACCAUCGAUUUCUGAAUCAGAGAAGCACAGACUGUACGGCAUUUAUAGCCAGUUCUUGGAUUCCAAAAGAUCAGUUGACGCACAGGUGAGGGAUGCAAAGGGCAAACGAGCGACUCUAGCAUAA